AUGUUGAGCUUUAAUCGUAUAGUCCGUGUAAAUGGAGCCAGGUUUGCUACCAGUGGCACUGCAAUGGUGAGAAAAAGUGUGGCCUCAAGCGCCAGUACUGUGUCUGCAUCUCGUGCAGCUUCGUCCAGUCCAAGCGUGAAUUCGACAACAGCGGAAAACGGAACUGGUCGGACGUCCGCGAUGAAGAGAGUGCCUGGUUACACUAAAACUCUCGAAGAGACGUUGAAUGGAUCAGUUUUAGAACCACCUGCUCAAGUUCAGACGUCAUCAUCCUCAGAAGAAAUUAAUUGGUACUCCAGUUUCCAUGGAAUUGGAUCGAAACCUUUCCCAAAGGAAACACAAGACGCGUUGUCUGGCGCGCUAGUACCUGAAGAUAUCGAGAUCAAGCCUGAUGGGUUGAUUUAUUUGCCAGAAAUCAAGUACCGUAGAAUUUUGAAUAAGGCAUUUGGUGCUGGUGGCUGGGGUCUCGUUCCUCGUUCGGAAACUAUCGUUACUGCGAAAUUGGUCACUAGAGAAUACGCCUUGAUAUGUCACGGACAGCUAGUCAGUAUUGCUCGUGGUGAGCAAGAUUAUUUCAGCGAAACUGGUAUUCCAACUGCAACUGAAGGUUGUAAAUCUAAUGCGUUAAUGAGAUGUUGUAAGGACUUGGGUAUUGGAUCUGAGUUGUGGGACCCUGUGUUCAUUAAGAAGUUUAAAAAGAGUCACUGUACUGAGAAGUUCGUAGAGCACGUCACUACUAAAAAGAAGAAGAAGAUCUGGCUAAGGAAAGACAGAGAGGUUGAAUAUCCAUAUAAAUAA